GGGAGGUUUGUAGCCACUGGGCUCACAAAGUGGCAGACAGUCAACUGCUGGUUCACAGUUUGUGUGCGUGUGUGUGUGUGUGUGAGAGGCGGUGAGUGUGAUUGACAUGUCAACAGCAGACAGAGACUGUAGUCUUCACAGUGUUCACUCGUCUCCAGUAGACAUGGUGGACACCCAGCAGCUCCUGGCCUGGCCCGUGGGCUUCAGUCUGACCGCCGUGGACCUUCCUGAGCUGGACGACAGUCCCCACUGCGUCCACACGAAGCACAUGACCACACUGGACUACAGCUCCAUCUCUUCCUCCGUCGCCGUCCCUCCCUCCAUGUCUCCUCAGUUCGUCUCCCCCAUCUCUUCUGUGGGUUUGACCUACGACCCGAGUCCACCCCCCAGUGACGAACACCUGACGAUCAUGGACUACACACACAUGCACAGCUACAGGACCGAGCCAAACAUGCACAAUUCCAUCAAGGUGGAGCCCGAGUCCCUGCACCAGUACUGUGACGCUCCCGUCUUCUCCAAGGUCCAGGACGACGUGUCAGCCACGUCCAUCAACAUAGAGUGUCGCGUGUGCGGCGACAAGGCCUCAGGGUUUCACUAUGGCGUCCAUGCCUGUGAGGGCUGCAAGGGUUUCUUCAGACGCACCAUCAGGUUAAAGUUGGUGUACGAUCACUGCGACCUUCACUGUCGGAUUCACAAGAAGUCACGCAACAAAUGCCAAUACUGUCGCUUCCAGAAGUGCCUUCACGUCGGCAUGUCGCAUAACGGUAAGACUGUGAAACCACUUCACCGUCCGCCUCAGGUACUACAUGACCAUGGGUCACAGAAAGGUCUCCACCCCCCACCCCCAGGGGGGCAGCAUCAGCAGCAGCAUCAUCAGCAGCAUCAGCAGCAGCAUCAUCAGCAGCAUCAUCAGCAGCAUCAUCAGCAGCAUCAUCAGCAGCAGCAGCAUCAGCAGCAGCAGCAGCAUCAGCAUCAGGCCUCUGUUCUAACAGCUGGACACGGAGAAUUUCACAUGGGUUUGGACUUUGGAGUUCUGGGAAUGACGAGCAACAGUGGACAAGGACCAACAGACGCCUUAGAGCUCCGCUUCUUCUACAGCUGUCAGUCACGCUCCGCCGAGGCGGUGAGGGAAGUGACAGAGUUCGCCAAGAGCAUCCCAGGAUUCACUGAGCUGGACCUGAACGAUCAGGUGACUUUGCUGAAGUACGGUGUGAUCGAGGUUUUAAUCAUCAUGAUGGCUCCUCUCAUGAACAAGGACGGGACGCUGAUCUCCUACGGACAGAUCUUCAUGACACGGGAGUUCCUCAAGAGUCUGAGGAAACCGUUCUGCCAAAUGUUGGAGCCAAAGUUUGAGUUCUCCGUCAAGUUCAACACCCUGGAACUAGACGACAGCGACAUGGCCUUGUUUCUGGCUGUCAUCAUCCUCAGUGGAGAUCGUCCCGGUCUUCUAAACGUGAAGCCCAUCGAGCAGCUCCAGGAGACGGUGCUCCAUUCCCUGGAGCUCCGUCUCAAGCUGAACCACCCAGACUCACCGCAGCUGUUUGCCAAACUUUUGCAGAAGAUGACGGACCUGCGUCAGAUCGUCACGGACCACGUGCACCUCAUCCAGCUGCUGAAGAAGACGGAGGUGGACAUGUGCUUACACCCGCUGCUGCAGGAGAUCAUGAAGGACUUGUAUUAAUCCACUGACUUCAUCUGAAAAACAGAAACAAAUAAUGAAACACACACACACAAAACAAACGUGUUUGUCGAGACAGAAACACAGAAACACAGAGUAGAGCUAAUGCCUCUGCACCGGUGUGGACCACCAGAUGUUUUUCUUGAUGAGGUUCUCGUCACCGUCUGCUUCACGUGCCUUUAGGACAAAUGUACCACUGUGAAUAUUCUUCACCUCAGUCACACAGUACAGUACGUGUUGUUAUACAGCUGCUUAUCUGUGUUUAGCCUCACAGUAUCCUGUACCUCUGCCGACGCACUUCACACCAGCAGGUCCUGUUCCCUGGAACCAAAUCAUUAUCAUUACAAUACAUUAUAAUCCUAAUCUGACUCCACUUCUAAUCCCAACUCCAGAUUAAGUUUUAAACCUUAAAAGGGAACUUCAAAAUGAUCGCGUCCCACCCGGAUCACACACCACACUGGACUCUGGUGUUUCUGUUGAGGCCUCAGGGUGAGAUCAGGUCCUGAUCAUCUUUAUCCAGAGUCAAAUCAGAUUAAUGGCUGUAACUCACUUCACUUCAACUGUGAGAAAGUGUGACAUCAACAAGACGCACGUUACAACGCUGAUGUCAGCUCUUUGUUAAACUAUGAAUAUGUACACGUCACACUGUGCCUUUUCUCUUCUUCGUCUUAUUAUGUAUAUUAUACACAUAUCAUGUAUAAUAUAGUUGCUUCGCUUGUGUGUUUUUUUUUUUUUCAUAAGAAUGUGUCAAACACAAUUGGCUUCUUAGCACUAGUUGUUUUUGUUUUCAAAUUGUAUGAAAGUGAAUCUUAAUUUUUGCUGCAGCAUUUUAUUGUAUUUACACCAAGUGUCAGGUGUCGACCAAUCGCACAAAUGUUUUCUAGGGGGGUGUCAACAACUGAGGGGAUAAAUGUUAUGAAUAAAAUGUUUGUAACUUUUUGUGGGAGUCCCUGUGGUGCUUUACAUGUUUAUUAUAUACAAGAGAGUAAAAGAGUUCUCAGAUUUCAUGAACUAAACCGUAUCACGACGCGACCCUGGUCUGGACACAACCAGCUUUGACCGGUUUGACUGAAUCAGCAUUUCAGCUGAAUUACAUUUUAUUUAUGUGAGUUUUCAACCUUCAAAAAUAAACAAUGUUGAAUUCAGGAAAAAACAAAACAAAAAUAAAUUUUAGCCUUUUGAAAUAAUAAUAAGACUCUGCCCUGGAGUUCUACAGUGAUGAAACAUUUGUUGAGAUGUGGAAAUGAAAAGUUUGUAUUUUCAUAAAUAAAGAUUUAUUUUCGCAA